CAAACCUCCCACUCGACCUUGAUACCCAAACACCAAAUCACCGCCUUUCCAGGUGAACACGCUUCCGGCUGUUGACCAAGCCUUUUCUAGAAUGGCCGCCAAGGCCUCCGUCUUUCUCAACGCAGACGGCGAGUGGCAGCCGUCAGUAACCCGGCCUACACAGCCAAUCUAUUCCGUUAUGCUGGACGAUCGGGUCAAGGAAGUUCUCCUGGGAAAUGUCCGCGACUUUCUCGACCCAGCUUCUCGAGAGUAGCACCGCGACCCAUACGGGCGAUGCUACCUGUUUCACGGACCUACCGGAACCGGAAAGACAUGCUUGGCUCUCGCUAUCGCGGGACAUUUCGAUCUGGAUGUCUACAUCGUCUGCAUGCCCGUCAACGACAGCAACCUGAAGACCUUGCUCGCCCGGGUUCCAACCCCAUCCAUUAUCGUCUUGGAAGAUGUCGAGAACGCCAAUUCACAGCCACGCGAAGGAACCGCCUCUCUGUCCGCGCUCCUUGAUGCCAUCGAUGGAGCAGGGAAUGGCCAUGUGAUAAUCAUGACAACCCGCCACAUCGAGCUCGUCGACGGCGCUCUGAUGGAACCCAGUCGCGUGGCUGUGAAAGCCGAGUUCGGCCUCGCGGACAAGGAAAUGAUAGCUGGACUCUUCCGUUUUGCUUAUCAAGACCACGAGGCAAUCGGCCAGCUCGCAGAAGACUUCGCCGCAAGAAUUCCGGAGCGGGAGUUCAGCCCGGCCGAGUUCAUGUCAUUUUUCACCUCGAAUUUCUGGUCUCCGGAAGCCGCUAUCAGUGGCGUGGAGAAGUGGAUGGCGGCAGUCAGGGACGAGAGGGAGAAGAUGGGGCGCCAGUCGGGCAAAUAAUACAACGGCCUCAUCCACUCCGGGGGCCGAGGGGAUUCCUGUUCUCUCAAGGGUGCCAUCUAGAGCACAUCACACAUAUCAAUGAAUGCAAGAUGAGCCCAAUCCAAACGGCCGCCAGAGCUGUAAACAUUAAAGAGAUGCCAUCCAGAAAAGCAA